AUGCAUACCAACGGCCUGUACACGGCACUUCUGUGCUCUCUGGCGGCUUCGGCUCAGGCCGUCGUCCAUGAGAAGCUGGCGACCGUCCCUGCCAGCUGGACUUAUCUCGAGGAUGCUGCUCAGAGCAACACCAUCAGUUUGUCGAUUGCUCUGAAUCGUCAGAACCUGGACAAGCUCCAAGCCAAGCUCACCGCCCUUGCCACCCCUGGUGAAGCCCAGUACGGCCAAUGGCUGGACUUGGAGGACAUCAACAAGGAGUUCCCUGUGGCCAGCGCCGACGCCGUCAUCAGCUGGCUGCGCAGCGCCAACAUCACCCAGAUCUCGCAGGAUGGCAGCAUGGUGAACUUCGCUGCGCCUGUCGGCACGGUGAACAAGCUCCUCAACACCACCUUUGCCUACUACCAGAGCGGCUCUUCCACCAAGCUGCGCACCACUCAAUACUCCAUUCCGGAGAGCUUGGUCGACACGAUCGACCUGAUCUCCCCAACCACCUACUUCGGCAAGGACAACGCCCAAGCAGAGCUGUCGAAGCUGACGGUGCAGCUCCCGUCGCAGCACACCAAGAGAAGCUCCAACUCUUCCUGCGCCGAGCUCAUCACCCUGUCCUGCCUGAAGGAGAUGUACAACUUCGGCAGCUACACUCCUAGCGCCUCGUCGGGAAGUAAGAUCGGAUUCGGCAACUUCUUGAACGAGUCGGCCUCGUACUCCGACCUUGCCGGCUUCGAGAAGUACUACCACCUCCCCUCCCAGGAGUUCGACGUCGAACUCAUCAACGGCGGUGUCAACGACCAAGACCCCGCGACCGAAAGUGACGGCGAGGCCGAUUUGGAUGUCGAGCUGAUCGUCGGUGUUGCACACCCUCUUCCAGUGACCGCCUUCAUCACAGGUGGUCUUGCUCCUUUCAUCCCCGACCCCGACGAGCCCACGGCUGCGGACGACUCGAACGAGCCCUACCUCCCGUACUACGAGUACCUCCUGUCGAAGCCCAACUCGGCUCUGCCCCAGGUCAUCUCCAACUCCUACGGUGAUGACGAGCAGACUGUUCCCGAGUACUACGCCAAGCGCGUCUGCAACCUGAUCGGCCUGAUGGGUCUCCGCGGUAUCUCCAUCAUUGAAUCCUCCGGCGACGAAGGAAUCGGCUCCGCCUGCCGCGCCGGAGACGGCAGCAACCGCCCGCAAUUCCAGCCGACCUUCCCGGCGACCUGCCCCUACGUGACCGCCGUCGGCGGCACGCAGUCCUACGGGCCCGAGAUCGCCUGGACGGGCAGCUCCGGCGGCUUUAGCAACUACUUCCCGCAGGCGUGGUACCAGCACGACGCGGUGGAGAAGUACCUGUCGCACCACAUCGCCAAGGACACCAAGAAGUACUAUUCGCAGUACGCCAACUUCAGCGGCCGCGCGUUCCCCGACGUCUCCACCCACAGCUAUGAUCCUCCCUACGUGGUCAUCGAAGGCAACACCACCGUCGGCACGGGCGGCACCUCGGCCGCGGCCCCCGUCUUCGCCGCGCUGGUCAGUCUCCUCAAUGACGCCCGCCUGCGCGCCGGCAAGCCCGCCCUCGGGUACCUGAACCCCCUGCUGUACAGCAAGGAUAUCAGCAAGCGAUUCACCGAUGUCACCCUGGGCCAGUCGGUUGGCUGCGACGGCACGGACCCGCAGACCGGCGAGACUGUCCCGGGAGCCGGGAUCAUCCCCUGGGCAUUCUGGAAUGCGACCGUCGGCUGGGACCCGGUUACUGGACUGGGGCUGCCGGAUUUCGAGAAGUUGAAGGAGGUGGUGCUGAAGUAUUAG